AUGUCAAAAGUAGAUCCAAUAACAGCUCAUAUUUUAGAUACAAACACUGGUAAGCCAGCACAGGGAGUAAUUGUACAAAUAUAUACAACAAAUAAUAACCAAGAAAAUUUAAUUAUAACAUCAGAACCAUUUGCAAUGAGUAAAACAGAUAAUGAUGGUAGAAUUAAAAAUUGGUCAUUUAAUCCAGAUAAUGAUUUUAACAAGACUGGUGUAAAUGGUAAUAAUUGGGAACAUCUUGUAAAAGGGAUAUAUAAAAUUAAAUUUUUAACUGGGAAAUAUUUUAAAGAUAAUUCUAGUGAAACUUUUUUCCCAUUUAUUGAAAUUUUUUUUGAAGUUAAUGAUAUUUCUAAACAUUAUCAUAUACCAUUAUUAUUAAGUAAUUUUAGUUAUACAACUUAUAGAGGUUCUUAG